AUGGAGCGUCUUCUUACGAGGAAGAUGUCUUCCUCAACUCUCAGUCGCAAGCAAUCAGUGUCUGGUUCUGCUAGCUCGGUAACGCCUAGCGACCAGAGGUUGAGAGAAGAGAAGGCCGAUCCACUCAGUGACCCGCGAUACAAAAACGUACUUGCAACCCAAAGAGGCUUCAUGGACAAACCCUCCCAAGACCCAACAGAACUAAGCAUAUUACAGAGACACUAUCACGCGAUUCUCUGCUUUGUGAUAACAUCCUCGAUUUCAUCUGUCGCAAGGUUGUACACAGAAAACGGAGUUAGGUUUAUUCGAGAUCUACAUCUACUGAUCGUCCCCUUUACGGAGCUCAUUACUACCUAA